AUGGGCCGCGGGUACAGUGCCAGCCGUAGCAAGAGCGGCCGUCCGACGCUGCGGAUGAAGCGCUCCCGUUCCAUGUCGCUGCACGCGCUGAAGAAGAACAUGGACGCACACGAGGCGGCCAAGGUGGCCAAGGCGGCCAAGGCGGCCAACAGCGGCAGCGCCGAGGCGUCGUCGUCGUUCUCUGCCGCGGUGACCGAGGUGCCGCGCAAGGCGCUCAAGGUGUUGCGCCAGCGUCGCGCGCCGUCUUCGUUGGUUUCAUCGUCCUCAGCAGCAGCGGCAACGAAGGUCAAGUCCGCCGACGACCGCGGUCGCACCGCAGCAGCUAGCGCCAGCCCUCGCUCGCAGUCCGCCGCCUUUCGCCGCAACCUGGAAAACCUCGAAAAGCAGUUCGACGACGCCAUGGAGGCCAGCGAGGACGAGGACGAGACCGUCAUGAACACCACGACCAUGACCAAGUACAAGGAGUGCGGCCGCGUUGUCGACGCUGUGCUGGAUCAGCUCUCGGCGGCGUGCGUACCCGGCGCGAACACAAAAACGCUGUGCGACACAGGCGACGAGGCGAUCGCGAGCCGACUGAGAGGGCUCUUCGUGAAGACCAAGGGCGCGGAUGGAAAGCGGUUGGCGCGCGGCAUCUCGUACCCGACGAACGUGUCCGUGAACGAAAUGCUGUGCAACGACAGCCCAUACCGCGUGGAGGACGGCGCCAUCUUGAAGGACGGCGACGUCGUGAAGCUGCACGUUGGCUGCCACCUCGACGGCUACCCAGUGAGCGCCGCGCGCACGGUCGUCGUCACCACGAAAGCGGCUUCCGCGGCUACGGAGGGCGACGAGGAGGAGGCGCAGAGAAAGAGAAGCAGCACAGGGGCGACGUUGUCGUCGCGCUCAGCCGUUGGCAACACCAUCGAGGCGGCACGCGUGGCACUGCUGGCGAUGAUGCACGCGCUGCGCCCUGGCACACUCAACGCCGACAUCACGGACCUCAUCGCCGCUGUCGGGCAUCAUUACGGUGUGCAGGCUGUGGAGGGCGUGCUGUCGAACCGGGGCAAGCGCUGGGUGCCGGAUGGGAUUGACUGUAUCAUUGCCCGCCGCGUGACGAGCGAGGACCCGCAUCAGGACGUGGCCGACUGCGAGGUGGGCGAGCAUCAGGUUUGGUGCCUCGACGUUGCCUUCACUAACAACCACAACUACCGCAUCACGCUCUCUGAGAAGCCCGUGACACUGUUCCGCCGCACCCCUGCCGACUUCAACGUGGACGCGCGGGUGGCGCAGGCGAGUGAGACACUGCAGGAGAUCACCGACACUCAUUUUUGUUUUCCGUUCCACUUCAAGAGCCUCGCAAACCCGCUAAGGGGGAAGAUGGGCAUCCACGUGUUGACGAGGAAGGGUGUCGUGGACAAGCUGCCCCCGCUGCGCACGAAGCACGGCUACGUGACGGCGCGGUUUAGUGCAACUGUGGCGGUGACGGCGAAGCGGGUGACGGUGCUGUGCGGCGCGCCGCCCACCACCCCUGUGGCGACGCCGCCGGCAAUGCGGCCCACCGUGUCGGAGGACACAUUGGCGGCCGAGGUGCUUGCGGUGCUGAGACGCCCGUACGAGUUCGCCGAUGUGCGCGCGGCAGUGACGGCGAAAGGCGCGAAGGGCCAGAACAGCCCCGCCACGAAACGCAUGCGCGUAGAGGCGCUGGAGAACGAAGAGUAG